AUGAAGUCGACCUUUGCCGCCGCCGCGGCCCUCGUCGGUGGUGUCAGCGCCGCUGCCCACGGCCACGGCCACGCCGCCUUCCACGGCCACGCCGCCUUCCACGGCAUCGAGAAGCGCAUCGCGGCCGACAACGGCACCUGCGGCUGCACCACCAUCUACACCACCUACCACGGCAAGCCCACCACCAUCUGGCCCUCGGCUCCCCCAGCCCCGACCACGACCUACACCCCGGCCACCGUCCCGACCCCGAUCGUGCACUCGUGCCCGACCACCGGUGUCUACACCUUCCCGGCCGAGAUCGUCACCCUCACCGAGACCACCACCAUCUGCGUGUCUGCCACCGCCAUGACCACGGCCACCGUCCCCUGCACCACCUACGCCCCGGGUACUUACACUGCCCCCGCUGUCAUCACGACCGUCACGGACACCAAGACUGUCGUCACCUGCCCCUUCGACAUCCCGACCAGCACCCCGGCUCCUCCUCCGCCUGCUCCCACCUACGGCGCCGUCCAGUACGAGGCUCCUCCCCCUCCUCCUCCGGCCGAGACCUACGUCGCUGCUCCUCCUCCUCCGCCUGCCACCUAUGCCCCGGCCCCCCCGCCCGUGGCUUCCCCGCCGUCCAACGGCCCCGGCUACACUCCCAAGCCCCCGACUGGCGGUCUCGGCGGUAACACUGCUGGCAAGCCCUGGGCUAUCACCUUCACCCCUUACCUUCCUUCGGGCGGUGGCUGCAUGACCCGCGAGCAGGUUGACGCCAGUAUCGCUGCCAUUGCCGGCUCUGGCAUCACCACCAUCCGCACCUACUCCACCGACUGCGACACCCUCUCCUUCGUUGGUGACGCUUGCAAGAAGCACGGUGUCAAGAUGAUCAUUGGUGUCUUUGUUGACAAGCCCGGCUGCCAGGCCGACCACCCCUCCAUCUCUGAGCAGAUCGAUGCCAUUGCCGCCUGGGCUCAGUGGGACAUUGUUCCUCUUGCCGUCCUCGGUAACGAGGCCAUCAUCAACGGCUUCUGCACUCCUGCCCAGAUCGCUACCCUGAUCCAGACCGCCAAGAGCAAGUGGCCCGGCUACAAGGGUCCUUACACCACCGCCGAGACCGUCAACAUCUGGCAGCAGAACGACGCCAAGGCUGCCCUCUGCGGUGCCGUCGACGUCGUUGGUGCUAACGCCUGGGCUUUCUUCAACCUCGCCACCAGUGCUGCCAAUGCCGGCAAGUUCGUCAAGGGCCAGCUCGACAUCAUCAGCAGCGUCUGCCCUGGCAAGAGCGGUUACGUCCUCGAGACCGGCUGGCCCUCGGCUGGUAACGCCAUGGGUGCUGCCGUCCCCGGCCCCUCUGAGCAGGCUGCUGCCAUCAAGUCCAUCAUCCAGGAGUGCGGUGACAAGGUUGUUGUCCUCUCUCCUUUCAACGACAGCUGGAAGGAUGGCUCCACUGCCUGCGCCUGUGAGCAGCACUUCGGUGUCAGCAGUAUCAUCAACAUCGCUGGCCUUCCCUUCUAA